AUGCCUUUAAAAGAAAACGUCGCUAGAAAUACCGAUACCAUCUUGUCCCCCACUCGUCUCAAACUUCCCUCAAAAUCAAUUAACACAGCAUUGCUUGCUCCAACAUCGUCGUCGAUACCAUCCCGCAGUUUACCUGUGCAUUCAGAUAUUGAUCGAUCUCAAAUUUUGUUGUCCCCUCAAUUUAAGCAUCUAAAAUACAAGAAAGACUCGACAUGCACUUCAUCUUUCUCAAAUUUGCUUCCUACAAAUCAAAUCCAAAUUGGGAUCAAAACCAAURACGUCUCCUCGCUGGCAUCAUUUGUAAAUCCAAAUACAAUCAAGGCAAAGCCGACGACGCCACAUGUAGUUCCUCAACCACCUGCCCUUCUUUCUUCUAAAAAUAAAAGAGCAAAAUGGGAUACAAAGGCAUUUAUUAAUCUAUUUACAAAUAGGGGCUACUUGAAGAUGCCAUGGAGGAUGUUAAAAUGUACAAAAGAGAGUAUUCGAAGCUGA